AUGGCUGUGAAUAAAUCAUCUGGUGAAAGUGAACUGAACCAGUCAUGUAUCGAACUUGAACAAGUUGCAAAUAGUCAAAGAAACAUAACUACAGAACGUGGUGGGAAGACAUUAACUAAAAAGCAACUAUAUGAUCAAAAGAGACUACAAAAUGAAACACCAGAACAGAGAGAAAAACGAUUGUCAAGGAAAAGGGAGCUGUAUAAAAGGAAACAACAUGAGGAGAAUGACACUUCUGAGAUAAGAAAGGAACGGUCAUCUAACAAAAGGCGGUGUAAUAGACAAAGACUUGAGAAUGAAAACACCUGA